AUGCAUACUUCGAAUUUGAUUUUCAUUUGCAACGUUUCACUUGUGGUGGUUUCAAUUGCCGGAUUGUGCCUAACUUCCUCAAUUUUUGACUUUAUUGUCUCAUCCCGACUUUAUUACACUAUUCCAGAUCAUAGGAUUCUCAUCAGUCCAACUUUGGCAUUAUGGCUUUACCCAACAUCGAUCGUCUCGUUCAUUCUCUCAUUUGCCGCUUUGCUAUUCCUAUCAGCCGGCGAGAAGGUCCUGGAUUUUGCGAUUCGCCAUCAAUUUUUGCUCUCAUUUUUCCACGGAAUUCUCAUGUGCGUCGUCUGCAUUCUGUCAGCAUUCGUCAGUUUCCUCUGCGCUCAGAACACCGCUGACAUCUCGAUUUUUGCCGCCCACGCGACUCCCGUCCAAUUCCAACAAGCCUCCUCGUGGUACUACAUUCGCCUUCGCGCUCUCACCGUCGUCGUCGCGCUCCAAUGCAUUCUCAACUGCGUCAUCGUCGGCGUGCUCUAUCUGGGCAUCAAUUGCAAAUACCGUACUUUUGUGCAAGUCGCGCAGAAGCCGAUGCAACCCGAUCUUGUUGAAAGGACCACUUACUUCGCGUAA